AUGACACCAACAAGUUCAGAACUUUUUAAUUCGAAACUCUUAUGGCCAAAAAGUCAAAUCAUCAAAGGUCUGGGACGAAGCACUCUAGGAUCAGACCCUCAAAGGGCAGGCUCUCUAGAUUCAACUCCUCUGAUAUCAACCCCUCCAAUGUUGGACCCUUGCAAAGCAGCCUUUCCAACAUCAGCCUCAAACUUGCUAUCAAAGCCCAAAUUAAUCAAUGUCGCAUCGCGACCAAUUCCCCUAAGAACCUUAAUCACCCUCCUCAACUACGAACGCGUAACUUCGGAUUGGCGAUUUGAAAAUUUCAGUCUUUACCAUAGCUCAGAAAUGGAAAGUAGAAAGUUCGAAAAGUUCGACACAGUGCAUACAGAGGGAGUGCGAUGUUUCUGCUACGACGAUAGUCCUUACCCACCAGACCAACAAAUAUGGCGACAAGCUACCUGCAGAGUACAUCCUGAAGCACCUCCAGAAACUCGACGACUAAGUUCUUCGCAGCUUGAGCGCGCAUUUUAUGAGUCUCGGAAUGCAGAGUGGAGUUUUGGAGUUGAGUUGAUGUAUCAACUUUUCUUCAAGUUUUGUGGGCAAGGUCAGCAAUUGAAGAUUCAAAUCAGCAAUGAACAACCAGUUUUGGUGGAUGCGUCUGAUAUGCACGUAUUGCACUUUCUUUUGAUACAUCCGAGACAUCGGAAUCUCAAUGGGAAACAUCGAGCGACAGACGGUGUCUUUCACAAAUUGAUGUUAGGCCGUCGCAAAGGAAGCGUUCUGGUAUUUCCUCCGCGGCUGAAGGACAUGAGUCCACCGGUAAACGAUAAGAAUCACACUACUAGAUUUGAAGAUUGCUUUGUGGUUGAUAUGCUACAUAUGCGAUAUGGUAAGAAGGGAUUAUUUGAAGAGCCUUACUUUCUAGGCAAUGGUAGACAGUGGCAAAGUUUUAUGUACGCCAAUGUUUGUGAAGGUAUUAUAGAUUGUGGAAUAGAGCGACCCUGUUUGGCAAAGAACCGAGGAGAGUGUUCUGUGCGGACGUGGGAUUGGUUUUACACACAUUCACUGAGAGCCUUUCAUAGAUGGAUAGCGAAUGACCAAAACCCAAAUUUUCUAUGGUGCCACUAUUGUGGAAUCGGAGGAGCAAGAUUUAUUGGAUGUUGUGGAGAGGGAGAGGAAAUGACCAGGUAUUGUAGUGAAGAGCACAGAGAGAGAGGAUGGGCGUUACACCGGUUCACUUGUAAGAACAAAGUCAUAGAUUUGUGGGAUGUGGACUAG